AUGGAUUUUCCAGGACACUUUGAGCAGAUCUUUCAGCAGCUCAACUACCAGAGGCUUCAUGGCCAGCUUUGUGACUGCGUCAUUGUGGUGGGAAACAGGCAUUUCAAAGCCCACCGCUCUGUCCUGGCCGCGUGUAGCACACAUUUCCGCGCGCUCUUUACGGUGGCAGAAGGAGACCAGACAAUGAAUAUGAUUCAGCUGGACAGUGAAGUGGUGACAGCAGAAGCCUUUGCUGCCCUGAUAGACAUGAUGUAUACUUCCACGCUAAUGCUGGGCGAGAGCAACGUUAUGGACGUCUUGCUGGCUGCUUCCCACUUACACCUGAACUCUGUCGUCAAGGCGUGCAAGCACUACCUUACCACCAGGACGCUGCCCAUGUCUCCACCGAGCGAUAGAGUUCAGGAGCAAAAUGCACGCAUGCAGAGGUCUUUCAUGCUCCAGCAGCUUGGGCUGAGCAUCGUGAGCUCUGCGUUAAAUUCCACUCAGAGCACAGAGGAGCAGCCAAGUACAAUGAGCUCCUCGAUGAGAAACAGCAUCGACCCGCGCUCUACUUUUCCUAUCCGGCGCCUCCACAAACGCAAGCAGUCCUCUGAAGACCGGGCCAGGCAGCGCAUCAGGCCUGCCAUGGACGAGUCUGUUUCCGAUGUGACUGCGGAGGGCGGGCAGGCGAUGGUUCAUUCGCGGGAAGAUUUCUUCUCGCCGGAUUCCUUGAAGAUCGUGGACAAUUCCAAGGCUGAUGCUGUUGCUGAUAACCAGGAGGAUAGUCGUAUCAUGUUUGAUCAGUCAUUCAGUGCUCAGGAGGAUGCUCAAAUGCCCAGCCAGUCUGACACCAGCGGAGGAAACAUUGCACAGAUGUCCAUGGCAUCCCAGGCGACGCAGGUGGAAACCGGCUUUGACUCGGAGGCUGCUGCCGACAAGAACAACUUCCCCUGUGAGAACCCAGAGGUCAGCCUGAACGAGAAAGAGCACAUGAGGGUUGUGGUGAAGUCUGAGCCCUUGAGCUCCCCCGAGCCUCAGGAUGAGGUGAGCGAUGUCACCUCCCAGGCGGAGGGCAGCGAGUCUGUGGAAGUGGAAGGAGGAGUGGUGAGCGCAGAGAAGAUAGAACUGAGUCCCGAGAGCAGCGACCGCAGCUUUUCUGACCCCCAGUCCAGUACGGACAGGGUGGGAGACAUCCAUAUUAUGGAGGUGCCAAACAACCUGGAACACAAGUCGACUUUCAGCAUCUCAAAUUUUCUGAAUAAAAGCAGAGGUGGUGGCUUCGGUGCUAGCCAGAACAACGAUGACAACAUUCCAAAUACCACCAGCGACUGCAGGAUGGACGGUGACUCCACAUACCUGCUAAGCCCAGAGUCGGGGCCUGCUGGUGGCCACUCGUCUGCCACCGUCUCUCACGUCGAGAACCCGUUCAGUGAGCCGGCAGACUCUCAUUUCGUUAGGCCGAUGCAGGAUGUAAUGAGUCUCCCCUGCGUACAGACUUCAGGGUACCGGGCAGCAGAACAGUUCGGCAUAGAUUUCCCACGGUCCGGCUUGGGCUUGCACUCCCUGUCGAGGGCAAUGAUGGGCUCAGUAAGGGGUGGAGCUAGCAACUUUCCUGGCUACCGCCGCAUAGCCCCCAAAAUGCCCGUAGUGACCUCUGUCAGGAGCUCCCAGCUGCAGGACAACUCAUCCAGUUCCCAGCUGAUCAUGAACGGGACCACAUCGUUUGAGAACGGGCACCCGUCACAGCCUGGCCCGCCACAGCUGACCAGGGCGUCUGCGGACGUCCUCUCGAAAUGCAAGAAGGCCUUAUCCGAACACAACGUCUUGGUGGUGGAAGGCGCGCGCAAGUACGCGUGCAAGAUCUGCUGCAAGACGUUCUUGACCCUGACGGACUGCAACCAGUCCAGCCACCUGUACAAGCACUCCAAGACCACCUGCCUGAGGUGGCAGAGCAGCAAUCUGCCCAGCAGUUUGCUCUAA